AUGUGUUUGUUUCUUGCCUUAAUCUCUUUCUCUUUCACUCCCUUGCUUCCGCCCUGUCUUGGGUCUCCUGUUCCAUCUUGCCACCACCUACUGCGUAAACACAACUCCGGUGUGCAGUUCUUGCAGAUCCCAACAACGUGUCUUGCACAUGCUCUAUUUAUGUUACUUUGUUACUCCUCUGAUAUUUUUUCUCUCUUUUAUAUUUUUCUUUUCCUUUUCCUUAUUUGUCUUUCCUUUCUUUUUUUCUUUUGUCUUUCCUUCACUUUAGCUUCCUUUUGCUCUUCAUUUUUUCCUCAUUUCAUUUUUCUUUCUUAUCUUACUCUUUCGACCUUCUUUUCUUUUGAAAGAAGAAAGAAAAAGAUUUUAAAGAAUGGUUAUCAUUCUUCUCUUCGUCUUUUCUUCUUUUUCUUGUUUACCCAUUCUCUUUUUUCUCUUUUGCCUUUCCAUUUUUGUUGUUUUGUGUUUCCUUCCUUUUUUUUUUUUUCACUUUUCCACCUUGGUUUUUCAUUUUUCCUUCUUUUUCCAUUACUCUCUUACCUUUCUUUCUUUUGCCACUACAUCUUUUUCUCUUUUCUUUCAUUCUUUUUUCCUGUCCAUAUUUGUUCUUUGCCUCCUUUCUUUUUCACCUUUCUUUUCUUUAGUUUUUUUUUUCAAUCUUCUUCUCUCUUUGCUUUCUUUCUUUCUAUCUAUGAUUUUCCUAUAUGUCAUUAUUUUCUUCAGUUCUUUCUAAAAGGAAAGAAAGACAUACUUUCUUCUUUCCUCUUUUAUCCUGUUUAUUCAUUCUUCAUAUGUCCUUUCUUUUUCUUUCUUUCUUUCAUUCAUUCACAUUGUGUCAUCACUCAUCACCUUGAUCUGCCAAAUUCUUUUCUAUUGUCUCAUCAUCUUCAACUCUCUCUCUCUCUCUUCCUUUCCAUUGUCUUUCUUUCUUUUCCUUUCCAUUGUCUCAUCAUCCUUGUCACAUUCUCUCCCCUUUUCCUUUGUCUCAUCAACCAUGACUCUCUCCCUUCCUUUCCAUUUUCUUUCUCUUAUUUCUUUUACAUUGCCUUGUCAUUCUUAUCUCAUUUUUCCUUUCUUUCCUUUGUCUCAUAUUUCUCUCUCUCUCUCUUAUUUUUCUUUUUUUCACCAUCAUUAUUUUCUAUUGCCUCAUCAUUUCUGUUGCUCUUAUUUUCAUCCAUUUAUCUCAACAUCCCUGUUUCUUUCUUCUUUUUCUUUCUUUGUUUCAUCAUCUCUUUUCCUUUCUUUCAUUAUCUUUCUCUUACUGUCACUCUCCUUUCAUUAUCUUUCUCUCAUUAUCACUCUCCUUUCAUUAUCUUUUUCUCACUAUCACUCUCCUUUCAUUAUCUUUCUCUUUCAUUAUCAUUUUUAUUUUAUUAUCUUUUUUUCAUCAUAUUAAUUUCAUUAUCUUUUUCUCACUAUCAAUAUCCUUUCAUUAUCUUUUUUCUCUUAUUAUCACUCUCCUUUCAUUAUCUUUCUCUCACUAUCAUUUCCUUUCAUUAUCUUUCUCUUAUCUAUCACUUUCCUUUCAUUUUUUUCUCUCACUAUCAUAUCCUUUCAUUAUUUUUCUCUCAUUAUCACUCUCCUUUCAUUGAUUGGAUUUCUUUUACUAUCAAAAAUUUUUCAUUAUCUUUCUCUCACUAUCACUCUUCUUUCAUUAUCUUUUUGAAUAUUCUCUCCUUUCAUUUUCUUUUUUUUCACUAUCAAAUCCUUUCAUUAUCUUUCUCUCAUUAUCACUCUCUUUCAUUAUCUUUCUCUCAUAAAUAA